AUGCCCCUCUCCACCAGCGCCCUCCUCACGCCGCAGGCGCAGGAGUUUGUCAAGUUUCCCAGCAGACGCAGUGUCGUUCACAGCACCAAGGGCAUCGUCUCAUGCACUCAGCCUCUCGCCGCGAAAUGUGGUAUUGAGAUCCUGCAAGCUGGCGGCAAUGCGGCCGAUGCAGCGGUCGCGGUUGCCGCCGGUCUGAACAUGACUGAACCGUGCUCAACCGGCAUUGGUGGCGAUAUGUUCAUCCUCUUCUACGACGCCAAGACCGGCAAGGUCUCAGCCAUGAACGGCUCAGGACGCUCAGCGAAGAACGCUACCCUCGAGACCAUCCGCAAGGACCUCGGUCUUAAGGAUGGCGAGCAGGGAAAGAUCCCUAUGAAGAGUGUUCACGCUGUGACUUGCCCUGGUGCGGCUGCUGGUUGGGUUGACACCAUCGAGCGCUUCGGCAGCGGCAAUGUCAACAUGGAGAGAAUCCUGGCCCCAGCAAUUGAGCUGGGUGAGGGGGGUUUCCCCGUCAGUGAGCUGACAAGCUCAUACUGGAACACAGCCGAGCCUCAAAUCAGAGAUGCAUCGCCCAACUUCGCUGAAAUGCUGAAGAAGGACCCCAAGGCCGCGGACGGCGUAAGAGCGCCCAACCCGGGUGAGAUCAUGAAGAACCCCACUUUGGCGCAAACGUUCCGCACGCUCGCAAAGGAGGGCAAGAAGGGCUUCUACACGGGCCGCAUCGCCGAGGAGCUGGUCAAGGUCGUCAAGGAUCUGGGCGGCCACCUCGAGCUCGACGACUUGGCCAACCACCUGGAGCUUGGCAGCGAGCCUGUCGACCCCAUCUCUCUCAAGUUCAAGCCUGUUCUCAAGAACCAGCAACAGGCCAACGGCAAUGCCGACUUCGUCGACGCCGGCGUCGAGCUCUGGGAACACCCGCCUAAUGGCCAGGGUAUUGUUGCUCUCAUGGCUCUUGGCAUUAUCCAGGAGCUGCAGGCAUCUGGAGCAGUUCCUGCCUGGUCCGCUGAGGACCACAACACGGCGCCCUAUCUCCACGCCAUCAUCGAGGCUCUCCGUCUUGGCUUCACGGACGCGAGCUGGUAUGUGACCGACCCCAACGUCGUCAACGUGCCCUCCGCCGGCCUCAUCUCGCGCGAGUACCUCGCCCAGCGCGCAAAGCUGUUCGACCCCAGCAAGGCACUGAACAAGCUGCACCCCGGCGAGCCCCCCAAGUUCGUCUCUCCUGCUCUGAGCAGCAGCGACACCGUCUACUUCACCGUCUCAGACGCCCAUGGCAACGCCGCAUCAUUCAUCAACAGCAACUACGGCGGCUUCGGCACCUGCAUCAUCCCCAAGGGCUGCGGCUUCACUCUCCAGAACCGCGGCGCCAACUUCAGCCUCGACCCGGAGCACCCCAACAAGCUGGCGCCCCGCAAGCGCCCGUACCACACCAUCAUCCCGGGCAUGGUGACAAACCAGGCGGACGGCUCGCUGCACAGCGCGUUCGGCGUCAUGGGCGGCUUCAUGCAGCCACAGGGUCACGUCCAGGUUCUUCUUGGCCAGAUUGUCGCAGGACUCACGCCGCAGCAGACGCUCGAUGCGCCGCGCGUGUGCAUCGUUGCUGGUCUGCCCGAGAAGGACGCCGACUUUGACUGGACCGUCAGUGUCGAGGAGGGCAUGCCCGAGGAGACCGUUGAGGGCCUGCGCAAGCUGGGACACAAGGUCGAGGUCGUCACCGGCUCGGAAAGAGGUCUGUUUGGCCGCGGCCAGAUCAUCAGGUACCACGUCGACCCCAUCGAGGGAACCGGCGUGUGGUCGGCAGGCAGCGACAUGCGUGGCGACGGCGGAGCGUACCCGGCGCUGUAA